AGCGCAAGAAGCGCGGCGUCAGGUGUUUAGAGGGCAGGGUGUCAUAACUAAUAUCCACUGAUGGAAAUGUUUCACUCGGUAUGUGUAGUUUAAGGUAAGUUUCGCGAUUCCACACAGUAUUACAUUCGCAUACAUAUUAUUAAACCUCUACAUCGCUACAAAAUGCUCCACCUGCUCGCUGGACUUAUAUGCAUCUACGCACUGACGUGUGUAAAAGUUGUCUAUGGACAAAAUGAAAAAGGUGAGCGCUUUCUAUGUACUGCAGUCCCCAUUGACAAGGAUACAAGUUGCCCCGUUCAGUCUUUGCCUGUUCAAAGCGCAUCGGUCCAGGAGGAGGAACUAAGAAACACCGUCAUGCAACUUCGUGAGACCAUUUUACAACAAAAGGAGACAAUUGUCAAUCAGUUGGGGACGAUUAAAGAACUGACGUCUAAACUGUCACGGUGUGAGUCUGACUCCGAAACAUUUAGAAAAAUGAAUAAGGACACGAUGGAUGAUGUGCCUAAAGAUCCAAAUGACACCAUUGACGUUCUUGGAAAAACCAUGCAGAGUCUAAAAGAUAGACUGGAAAAUCUAGAGCAACAACAAAUGCGCGCCAAUAUUUCUGGUGCCUCCUUUCCUAAUGAGCUGAGAAACCUACUGCAGCGUAGACUGGAGGACUUGGAAAAUCAGCUGCUCAAGAAGGUCAACGAGCUUGAGGAAGAGAAGUCCCAGCUUUACAAUGAGACAGUCGCUCAUCGGCAGCGCACUGACAGUACCCUCAACUCUCUCAUGAACAGGAUCUCUGAACUGGAGAAAGGAGGAGCUGGAUUUAAAUCACCAGAAAAUUUCAAGAUCUCUCUUCCUCUUCGCACAAAUUACCUUUUUGGACAAGUAAAGAAAAGCCUGCCAGAAAUGUAUGCCUUCACUAUCUGCAUGUGGCUCAAGUCAGGUUCGAGCCCUGGUAUUGGAACCCCGUUUUCCUAUGGAGUGCCUGGACAGGCAAAUGAGAUUGUACUGAUCGAAUGGGGCCAUAACCCUAUAGAACUGCUCAUCAAUGACAAGGUGGCACAGCUACCUCUAUCACUGAGCGAUGGUAGGUGGCACCAUAUCUGCAUCACUUGGACCACCAGGGAUGGGCUUUGGGAAGCCUACCAGGAUGGCCAAAGAUUGGGCUCAGGAGAAAAUCUGGCCCCUUGGCACCCCAUCAAGCCCGGAGGAGUCCUUAUCCUGGGCCAAGAGCAGGACGUAGUAGGGGGGCGCUUUGAUGCCACCCAGGCCUUUGUGGGGGAACUGAGCCACUUUAACGUCUGGGAUCGGGUCCUGCGCUCCACGGAUAUCGUUGCCAUGUCAAACUGCUCAUCCUACAUGCCUGGGAAUGUGGUGGCCUGGACUGACAGCAACAUCGAAGUGUUUGGUGGAGCAUCAAAGUGGCCGCUGGAGCUAUGCGAAGACCGGCUAUUUGACAAUUAAAGGUGUUUGCAGAUAUUAGGGUGCGUUAUUUAAAUCCUUUUCAUCCUUAAAAACUAUUCAUCAUCACUUAAGUAGCAAAUAGUUUAGAAAAAAUCAACUUAAACUAUAUAUUUAAAUACUCUUGGAUGGAUUACAACAUGCAGAUAAAUGUAACAUUUCAGUUGAUAUUUGUGGCUUAAGAAAAUUUUCAUUACAAAAAUGACUGUAUCAGAUGUUACUGCCAUGGUACUCUGAUAAAUACAAUAUCACUAAAUGAUUAUCAUAUUUAUGUACAGUGUAUUUACAUGAUGCUCCAUGGUACAUUACCAUGUCACAUGUACAUGCUUAUUCUGUUAGAAUAUAGCUGCGUUCACAACAUGUCGAAAUUCCCGGCAUUGAGAUUACGACUUAUAAAAAGCAUUCACAUCCUCGUAAUUACAAUUUAUAAACUCUAUUUUUUUUUAAAACUCAUCAUGCAGAAAUAAGUUAAAUGACAGCAACUUCAGCAGUAGUUAAAAUGUAGUUAAGCAAUUAUUUUGGUUCUUCUUGUGUUGAUUAUUGUUAAUUUCACAACAAUGCAAGAAUCUUUCAGUAAAAAUAAACAAAAAACAUACAAUAAAUUUGCUAACACUUUACAAUAAGGUGUCAUUUGUUAACAUUAGUUAAUGUAUUAAACAAUAAACAAUAUAUUAUACUAUAUAUUAAUCUUUGUUAAUGUUAGUUAAUAACAAUACAGUCGUUCAUUAUUAGUUCAUGUUAGUUCACAGUGCAUUAACUAAUGUUAACAAACACAACUUGUGAUUUUAAUAAUGCAUUAGUAUAUGCUGAAAUUAACAUUAACUAAGAGUAAUAAAUGCUGUAGAAGUAUUGUUCAUGUUAACUAAUGAACCUUAUUGUAAAGUGUUACUAUAAAUUUUAAUGAUGCUAGCACAAAGAUAGUACAGAAUAACUUUUUAAUGCCCUAUUAAAUAAACUAUAGAAACUCAUAAUUCAAAUUCUUAGGACAUGAACAGCUUUAAGUAGGACAUCCUGGGUUGUCAUCUAGAAAUAAUUAUUACGACAUGGCGUGAACGCAGCAAAAGCUUUUAAAUCAAAACAGAGCGUGUUCUCGCGGCUUUCCGUGUCCUCUUUGAGUGUGCGUUGUUGCCCUGUGGUGUUAGAGAGCCUAUCAUGCUAAUGCUUUAUUACAAAGCUGUUUUUGAUGGAAGAAUAAGGAGAUAGAUUGUUUAGGAGGAACACUUUUGGAUCUUGUGUUGUACAAAAGUAUAAAAUGUAGAUUUUGGUUACAUACAGUUGAGGUAAAACGUUUACAUCCACCUUGCAGAAUCUGCAAAAUGUUAAUUAUUUUACCAAAAUAAGAGGGAUCAUACAAAAUGUGUGUUAUUUAUUAUUUAGUAC